AUGCUACCACUCAAGCUGCGCGCCGCCUCUUACCGUUAUGCUAAUCAGCGCCACAUCAUUUGCUCGCCACGUUCGCUGAGCGGCUGGUGGCAGCGGGCCAACGCCCCCGGGCAGGCGCGGCUCCUCGGUGCGCCGCUGCGGGCUGCGGGCGCUCGUUGGGGUGAGGAGGGGGAGGUGAAGGGGGGGGCAGAGUGGGGAGGGGGGAGAACACUGAAGAUUACCACACUCGUGUCUGACCUCUGCCUGUUCACCGCUCAUUAUUUCGGUGCGUUUGAGUCCAAAGAACCCUCUCUGCUCCUCCUCUGUUCUCUGCUUCUGCUCCUUUCUGCCCCUUCUCCUCUGCGCCUUUCCACCUCUCUGCCCCUCCUCUCUUCCCCUAUCUACCCCUCAUCUCCUCCUCUUCACCUCUCUGCCCCUCCUCUCUUCCCCUAUCUACCCCUCUUCUCCUCCUCUUCUCCUCUUCCUCUCCAUCUUUCUGCUCCUCCUCUUUCCACCCCUCCUUCUCUCUACCCUUCAUCUCCUCCUCUUCACCUCUCUGCCCCUCCUCUCCUCUCCUCCUCUCUACCCCUCUUCUCCUCCUCUUCUCCUCUUCCUCUCCAUCUUUCUGCUCCUCCUCUUUCCACCCCUCCUUCUCUCUACCCUUCAUCUCCUCCUCUUCACCUCUCUGCCCCUCCCUCUCUACCCUUCAUCUCCUCCUCUUCACCUCUCUGCCCCUCCUCUCCUCCUCUCUACCCUUCAGCUCCUCCUCUUCACCUCUCUGCCCCUCCUCUCCUCUCCUCCUCUUCCUCUCCAUCUUUCUGCUCCUCCUCUUUCCACCUCUCCUUCUCUCUACCCUUCCUCUCAACAUCUCUACCCCUCACCUCCUCCUCUCUACUCUUCCUCUACUCCUCUCUGCCAUUUCUCCCCUCCUCUCUGCGCCCCUCUCCACUCUCCCUCCCCUCUCCUCUUCUCUACCCUUCCUCUCCAUCUCUCUGCCCCUCCUCUCUCCACCUUCCUCCCCCCCUCUCCUCUCCAUCUCUUCCUCUCCUUCUCUCUGGCCCUGCCUUCUCCUCCUCUGCUCCUCCUGCUGCCUACAUGUCAGUGCUGUCGCAGUAG